AUGCUGAAGUUGCGUGAGCAGAGAACUCUGUACCUGAAUGCUACAUCAUUCAAAAAACUGAAAAGUCUAUGGCUACUUAUAUUUGCUAAUGUAGUCUUUUCUACUGCCAUUGAAUACCUUCCAACCGAGUUAAGGUUAAUUAAUUUGCCUGCAUACCAGUUUCCUACUUUGCCCUUCAAUGCCGGUCCAAAACAACUUGUUAUAGUGAACAUGGCACAUAAUCAUAUCCAUCAACUUGACAAAGGAUUCAAGAAUUUUGAAAGAUUAAAAGUUUUGAACUUUAGUCGCUCUAAAUUCUUAAGAAAAAUUCCUGACCUGUCAACGGCGCCAAAUCUCGAGAGCUUAUAUGUUAACCACUGUGCAAGUUUAGUUGAGAUCCAUGAGUCUGUUGGAUUUCUCGCCAAGCUGGUUACAUUAGAAGCCCAACACUGCAAGAACCUUAGCACUUUUCCAAGUAAUCUGGUGUCCAAAUGUUUUAGAAAAUUGGACUUUCAAGGCUCCUCGAGACUCAAAAUCUUUCCUAACAUUCUUGAAAAAAUGGUAUUUUUAACAAGUGUAAAUCUAUCCGGGACGAGAAUAAAAGAGUUGCCUUCCUCAAUUGAUCAUGCAGUGGACUCAAGUUGUUGCGCUUAA